UUUUCGUUUCUUUACCUUGGAUUCUUUUACGAAUCACAUCGCUUUCAUCCAUUCGCUUGUAGUCUGCUUUUCUUUCGCUUUUGCACUGUCUUUUUCCUGUUUCUCUCCUGCCUUUCCUCAUUCUAUUUCUUUCAUUUUUGCCCUUGUUGCUACGCCAUUUUAUACUUUCAUACUUCGUUUUUGUUUUUUCCCCACUUUUUCCUCCUUCCUUUUCUCUCUUCACUUCUCUCUUUCUCUCUUCCUCUUUCCUUCUGUUUGAAAGGAUCCAACUCGAUUCAACCGUUCGGUAUUGCGUUAAUCAGAAUAGAAUAUAGAAUAACCAUAACAGAUUCGAUCGUUUUGGAUGGAAAUUGUGCUCCUGUCGUAACAUUAUAUUUGGUUUAUACUGACAGGUGUUACAAAUACAAAUCUAGUCAUAUCGAAGAAACAGUCGGCCAUGAUUUCAGUGAUUCGGUGAACGAAUGAAGCUUGUAUACGGUCAUAUUUUUGCUCGUGCUUUUCGAUAUCAUUUUUGGUGAAGUUUUUCUCUGUGAUAAGUGUAAUAUUUGUUUGAACUUUGGAAACAUUAUGUGCGGACCAACCACGUGUCUUCGAACGACGAACAACGAAUAUCAGGCAAUAGAAUUUCGAAUUUCAACAGAACCGUCCAUACAUCGUUUCAUCUCAUAUUUUUGAAACUGAAUAUUCUAUUCAUGUAUUUCUCUUAUCACAAUUAUUCUUGAAAACAUCAUUGAUGAACAAUAUUAUCACCAUUUAACAUUAUAUUUUUUUACAUUAGUUGCUUUUGAUUCGAUGCUAGUGGAAUUUUUAUGGGAAAGACAAGGAUCGAUAAUAACAAGAUCUCGCUCCCUUCGGAUUCAGUCGCUCAACGUCGACCUUUCACAAUGGCCGCUCGUUUAUGACGAAUCCGGCGCGCAUAAGAAGCGAGCAAAGCGGCGGGGCGGCGGCGGCGUCGUCCGGAAGCGAGGAGCAGAGAAGAAGCGGCGUGGUGCCGGCGCCGGUCCCGAUACCGGUCCCGGUGCUCGUGCCCCUCGGACCGAGCAGAAAACAGGGGCAAGAGGCCACGUUUCCUUUCGGCCAGGUACGCUCGCACUACGGUCCAAAGUGGCUAAGAGCGUAAGUCCUCAUCGAGUGCACCAGGAGUGCUCGAGCGGAGGGGAGGUGCAGGUACAGGUGCAGCAGGAGAGACGAGCACCGAGGCGCAUGCCUUACCUGGGGCCUGAUAUGACAACCCGGCUAUCCGCCAUGUUUUACACGGUCGAAGUCGGGGACACCAGAUUCACCAUUCUCAAGCGGUAUCAGAAUUUGAAGCCGAUCGGUUCCGGUGCACAGGGAAUCGUUUGCGCGGCAUACGACACGGUGACAGCGCAGAAUGUCGCGAUCAAGAAACUCUCGAGACCUUUUCAAAACGUUACGCACGCGAAGAGGGCCUACAGGGAAUUCAAGCUGAUGAAGCUGGUCAAUCACAAAAACAUAAUCGGUUUGUUGAACGCGUUCACGCCACAACGGUCCUUGGACGAGUUUCAAGACGUUUACUUGGUGAUGGAACUUAUGGACGCGAAUCUAUGCCAGGUAAUCCAGAUGGAUCUGGAUCACGAACGUAUGUCUUAUCUGCUUUAUCAAAUGCUGUGCGGCAUCAAACACUUACACUCGGCCGGUAUCAUUCACAGGGAUUUAAAGCCGAGCAAUAUAGUGGUAAAGGCUGACUGUACAUUGAAGAUUCUCGAUUUUGGCCUGGCCAGAACAGCCGGGACCACUUUUAUGAUGACGCCAUACGUUGUGACACGAUAUUAUAGGGCGCCAGAGGUGAUCCUCGGGAUGGGAUAUAAGGAGAACGUGGACAUUUGGUCGGUCGGGUGCAUAAUGGGCGAAAUGAUUCGGGGUGGCGUCCUCUUUCCCGGAACGGAUCACAUCGACCAAUGGAACAAGAUAAUCGAGCAACUGGGAACGCCGGCGCAGGAAUUCAUGCAGCGGCUCCAGCCUACGGUCAGGAAUUACGUGGAGAACAGGCCACGGUAUCCGGGAUAUCCGUUCGACAGGUUAUUCCCGGACGUUCUGUUUCCAUCGGAUUCGUCGGAACACAACAGGUUGAAAGCUAGUCAAGCCAGGGAUCUAUUGUCGCGCAUGCUCGUGAUCGACCCCGAACGACGCAUCUCCGUCGAUGAUGCUUUACUACAUAAUUACAUAAACGUGUGGUACGACGAGGGCGAAGUCAAUGCCCCUGCACCAGGUCCGUACGAUCAUAGUGUCGAUGAGAGGGAGCAUACGGUGGACCAGUGGAAAGAGCUGAUCUACCAGGAAGUGAUGGAAUACGAGACGAGCCAUAAUCCCACGACAGUAGCUCAAACGUCCGAGAGCGGCGAAUCCCGGUAGACACGCAAGAACUACUUGCUACCUUUUUGCGUCAACGACGCAUCUAGACUGUCCGAUCUGUUACACGUACAUAUAUAUACACACGUAUCCCUCCCGUAUACACAUAGGCAUGCAUACAGAGACACACAUAAAACCGUAUUUCAAUAUAAGCGUGUGUAUAUCUAUGUAUGUACGUAUAUAUAUACAUAUAUACAUACACAUAUAUGUAGUAUAUAUAUAUAUUUCGUGGAAAUAUAAAGAUGGGAAAUAACGAUUAGAAAUCGUUUACGUCCAUGAUGUACGUUAAACGAAGCGCCGUUUUCGUUCGACGAAGCCAGAAAGAAAACAGGCGAGACGAAAUGAAUAAAAUUGGAAGUGAAGAGAAACAUAAAAGAAAUGUGUGUCAGAGAGAGAGAGAGAGAGAGAGAGAGACAGAGACAGACGAAAAGAGAAUGUAAGUGAGUGAGUGAGUGAGUGAGAGAGAGAGAGAGACGAAGAGAAAGAGUGAGAGAUUGAAACUGAGCGAACGAUAGUGUACGAAACAAAAAAAGAAAAAAGUAAUGAUAGAGAUAAAAUGAAAGGAAAAAGAUAAUCGAUGAAAAAGAGAAAGAAAGAUACGAGGUAAGAGAAGGGGAGGGGGGAGAGAGAGAGAGAGAGAAAGAAAGAGAGCUGUUACUUGAGGCAUAACGAGCGCGCGUUUGCGAAAACGAAUUCAAGAUAAAAAUCAAUAUCUGCAACCAAAGCAUCGACACGAUUCGGAGGUCUGCCAAUCUGAACGCGUUUAUUCGACAAACGGCAACGCGCAAUAUGUUCGUCAUUCUGUUUCCGCUUGGUCUUCUCGUUCUAUGUUUCAGACGUAUUUAUUCCCAACAAAUAUUCUCCGUGACCGUGAGUUUAAUAAAGAAACUUGCAACAACA